AGCCUCUCUCAUGACGUCACGGGGGCAGAUAAAAGGGAAAAGCAGAAGAAGGCGCAGUCCGCUGAUGAUCGGACGCCUCAGAGAGAGAUCGGCGCGAGGACAGACCAUGCUGUGUGUGUUGGUGUGUGUGUUGUUUCUCUCGGCUCUCGUCCACAGCGGGCCAGCCGUCAGCAGAGCGUGGCGCUCCGAUGACCUGCAGCAGGAGCUGGACCCUGAAGUGGACAUGAACAUUACAGAGAUCAUCCGGAGGUGGGGUUACCCAGCAGAGGAGCACCAGGUGCUGACGGAGGACGGGUACAUCCUGGGCGUGAACAGGAUCCCGCGGGGACUGAAACCCUCCAAAGGUGUGAGGCCGGCGGUCUUCCUCCAGCACGGUCUCCUGGCUGCAGGCAGUAACUGGAUCACCAACCCACCGACCUCCAGCCUGGGCUACGUGCUGGCGGACGCGGGCUACGACGUGUGGAUAGGAAACAGCCGCGGAAACACGUGGUCCAGGAAACACCGCACGCUGAGCCCGUACGAGGACGAGUUCUGGAGGUUCAGCCACGAUGAGCUGGCUCUGAAGGAUCUUCCAGCUGUGGUCGACCACAUCCUGAAGGUGACUGGCCAGGAGCAGAUCUUCUACAUUGGACACUCUCAGGGAACCACCAUAGCAUUCAUGGCGUUCUCCACGCUGCCAAAGCUCGCCAGCAAGAUCAGGCUGUUCUUCGGAUUGGCUCCUGUGGCCACUGUCGCCUUCACGGGCAGCCCCAUGGCCAAACUGUCCUUCCUGCCCGACGCCGUCAUCUGGGACCUGUUUGGGAGGCGGGACUUCCUGCCCCAGAGCGCGAUGAUUAAAUGGUUGGCCGAACACGUGUGUGCGAAGCAUCUUCUCAGCGAACUGUGCGGGAACAUCUUCUUCGUCCUCUGCGGCUUCGAUGAGAAAAACCUCAACAUGACUCGGACUCCGGUCUACACCACUCACUGCCCGGCUGGGACCUCAGUCCAGAACAUGAUCCACUGGUCCCAGGCCGUCCACACAGGAAGACUGGUGGCGUUUGACUUCGGAGCAGCAGGAAACAUGAAACACUACAACCAGUCCACUCCCCCCGAGUACCGUGUCCAGGACAUGAAGGUUCCCACCGCUCUGUUUUCAGGGGGACAGGAUACGCUGGCGGACCCAAAAGAUGUGGCAGUCCUCCUCACUCAGGUCCCUAACCUGGUGUACCAUCAGCACAUUGAGCACUGGGAACAUCUGGAUUUCAUCUGGGGGCUGGAUGCUCCGGAGCAGAUGUUUCCUGCUGUGCUGAAGCUGCUGCAGGAGUACCGAUAGAGGGCGAGAGCAGCGGACGCCGCCCGCUGCAGCGUGGUUUAUGGUUUUAUGGAGACUGAGUUUUGACACUUCUUCCUGCAGCAGGAUGUUUCUGUCCCGCCCUCCCUGCCUGGACCUGUCAUAUCACCUGCAGCUUUAAAGGCGAUCGAAGCACGCUGCUGCAUGUUUAAAUGAACAGUCACUCUGAAGCGUUUUCAUGGACCGCGUUCUCCUGCAGUUUGACUCACUUCUGCCGGGAACCAAUGAGAGAGCAGCGUUGUCACGCUUCAGGUAACUAUUUGUGUCACAAUCUAACAUUCAGCGUGUGAACAGGUCGCACGGCGAGCCCCGGGGUGCUCUGCUCAGAAGCAGCACGUCGGGUUGAAUGUGUAGGACCAGAGCUGUGUGUUGGUCAGUGCAGCUUCUUUUUGCUACUUCCUGUUUUUAGCAUGGAGACACUCGUCCUGAGGACAAACUGUGAAAAUGUGGAUGUGAGAAUAAGAAGUGAAUCUGCAGUUUCAGUCACCUGUGUGCGUUUUUUUAACUUGCUGUGUAACCAUUUUUACUCAUUAUGAUGGUGUUUCCUAAAUAAAACCAUUUUACAACCACA